AUGUCAGUUGUACAAAAUGGUAUCGUACAACAAUGCAUAAAUCUUCCUACGGAAAAAGAUAAGGAUAAAUUGGCAUUUCUACUCUAUAAUGUAUUCACAAAAGACGAAUGUCAACAACUAAUUGAUAUGUCUGAAAAAGAAGGAUACAAACCAGCUUUAGUGAACGUUGGGUUUGGUCAAGAAAUGCUUAUGCCUGAUUUUCGUAACAAUGAUCGUUGUAUUAUUGAUAGUAUUGAUUUAGCUGAUAAAAUAUAUCAGAGAAUUGAAUCUUAUAUUCCAAAAGAAUGGAACAUCAACGGUAGUACAUAUAAAGUUGUAGGAUUAAAUGAACGACUCAGAUUUCUUAGAUAUGAUCCAGGUCAAAAAUUUGAAGCACAUAUGGAUGGUGAAUUUCGAAGAAUGGAUGAUACCGAAGAGAGAAGUUAUAUUACAAUACAACUUUAUUUAAAUGAAGGAUUUUCGGGCGGUGAAACGACAUUUUUAGAUAAACAUAAUAUAAAUAACUCUUUUCCGUGCAUACCACAAACGGGAAUGGUUUUGGUUUUUGAACAUCGACUAUUGCAUGAAGGCAGCGCUCUUAAAGAUGGAAGAAAGUAUGUAAUACGAACAGAUGUUAUGUAUAAACCAAAAAAUAGACUCGCAUUCACACAGAAUACGGUUUGA